AAUAUUCCACCUGUCUUACUACAAAAUUGUUUUGCAUAGUGAUAAACGAGAUAUCCAUACCUUCAGAGUCUAUUAGGACCCAAAUAAUUUAAUGAAAAAGAAAAAGGAAAAAAGGAAGAGAAGGAAAAUGAAUGAGAUGAGAUAGUUUCGUAAUUUGAACCUAAUUGAUAUGGAGGAUAGAGGGAAAAGGAUUUCUAAUGGGAAACUGUUUGCUGUGGGUCUGAAACAAUGUUUCAGUAUUAGUUCCAUUACGCUUUUAGUUAUGCAUUCCUCCAUAUACCUACUUCCCUUAAACAUAUCUUUUCCAUUUUGGAAUGUGGCAGGCUCUUCUACCGCUAGAAGCAGAGGGGUUCUAGGUGUUCUAGAAACAAACUUUAUUCAGCCAACUCAUAAUAAACAGGACUUCGAGAAAACACCCCUCUUUCAAAAGCUCGAGAACCGAUUAAAGGAGAUGACAUGGGAGUACUGGGAUUAUCACUGUGGACUAAUUGGUUAUCAUGCAACUAAAAGGCUUUAUAAACCUUCUCAGGUUUCAUCAGAAUCUAGACAGAAACAUGCAACCACGAAAAGGAAAGACCAUGAUCAUUCAAUAGAACCUGAAAUUCUGAAACUAAAGGCGGGAUUAAGGGUCAAUCUAACUGGUCCCGAGUCCAUUCAAAAUCCGCCUGCCAGCACUACCACAAGUCACUUGGAAGAUCAAGAGAUGGUCCUCCUCCUUAAAGAGAACAAAAGGCUCAACGCACGGNUGGCUUAA